AAGGAAAAAAAAAAAAAAAAAAAACUUUUCCCCGGAUCCGCCAUUUCAGUGCGCGAGUUUCUUGUUGCACAUUAGUUUAGAUUUAUUUAUUUUGUGUCACUUUAAACGCAACAAUCUGUCCCACUCUCGGCUUCUUGUGGCGCCACGUAAAUCCCGCCAACCGCACCGCCUCGAGACUCCGCCGUUUUUUUUUUUUACCUAUUUCUUCCUCGUGUGAUUUUGUUUCCAGCGGGGGGACUCGAACCAAAAAGUUGUUUGUAUGAGUCGCGGUUAGCGAGAGGCGAAGGGGGAACAGGCCUCAAGCCUCUCGGACGGGAUUUUCACGACCCCCCCCCAAUGGCGGGUAAUUUCGACGCCGAGGACCGCGCUAGCUGGUACUGGGGACGGUUGAGCCGCCAGGACGCCGUCUCCCUCCUCCAGGGGCAGCGGCACGGCGUGUUCCUGGUGCGGGACUCGAUCACCAGCCCCGGGGACUACGUGCUGUCCGUGUCGGAGAACUCCAAAGUGUCCCAUUAUAUCAUCAACAGCAUCAGCAACAACCGGCAGUCGGGCUCAGGUCUGGCUCCUCCUCGGUUUCGGAUCGGGGAUCAGGAGUUUGAGGCGCUGCCGUCCCUGCUAGAGUUUUACAAGAUCCACUACCUGGACACCACCACGCUCAUAGAGCCCAUAAACAAGGCCAAGAACACGGGGUUCGUCAGCGCCUCUGCCGGCGUCCCGCAGCAGCCCGAUGAGGCGGAGUUCGUGCGGGCGCUGUUUGACUUCCCCGGCAACGACGAGGAGGACCUCCCCUUCCGCAAGGGCGACAUCCUGCGCGUGCUGGAGAAGCCGGAGGAGCAGUGGUGGAACGCCGCGAACCAGGAGGGCCGAGCCGGGAUGAUCCCAGUGCCGUACGUGGAGAAGUACCGGCCCGCGUCGCCCACCGCUGCCGGCCUGGGUCCCCCCGUUGCGGGGACUGGACAGGGGGUGCUUGUCGGAGGGGUGGCGGGCAGCACAGACGGAACAGGGGCGGCUCAGGCCACCCCUCCGGUGGACCCAGGCCAGUACGCUCAGCCUGUGGUCAACGCCCAUCUCCCGAACCUACAGAACGGGCCUGUCUUUGCCCGAGCCAUUCAGAAGAGGGUGCCCAACGCCUACGACAAGACGGCGCUCGCUCUGGAGGUGGGAGACAUGGUAAAAGUGACCAAGAUCAACGUGAACGGCCAGUGGGAGGGCGAGUGCAAGGGCAAACGAGGCCACUUUCCCUUCACCCACGUUCGACUGUUGGAACAGCACAAUCCCGACGACGAGAGCUGAGGAACGCACGCUCUCUCUCUCCCUCCCUCCCUCCCGCCGCCUUUCCGACAGCGUCCGGCACAAAACCCUUCUCCUCCUUCGUCACGCUCGGAAAAGAAAAAGAUUUCUACAAGCACACAGUAUAUGAACCUAUGAGCUGCGCCGGUCAGGCACCCCUGACCCUGCCAAUGCAAGACGUGUCGGGUGAUCUUACCUAAUGUCAUUUUGAAGAGUUUACAAGGUCAGACUGAUAUCGGUUCGCCUAUAUUAGCUUAUUUUUUAAAAGGAUUACACACUGCUGCUGUCGCUCCUCGCCUACAGCCUCAUAAAGAAAAAAGCAUUAAAUAUUUCUUGUAUUCAGAUAGAUAGCAGCGUUUAAUAUUUAUUAAUGUUAAAGGAACAGUCCUGUGUGUUGUCUUAUCCACAAUCACAUAGGAAGGUUUAUUGUUACAGAGAUGAGUGUGUUUAGCCUAGCUUAGCUUAGCUCCACAAACUGAAAGCAGGGGGAAGCAGUUAGCCUACUGGAAGAAACUCCGAAGCGGUUUUAUUUCCUUCUUGUGCUGAACGGGUGUAGAAAUGAGACACUAUUUAAGGGUGCGUUCACAACGUGUUUGGUUCAAACAAACUCUGGCGCGUUUACUCGUUUUGGGUUCGGUUCAUUUUGGCUGACGUGGAAGCUGUUAAUUGAUCAAUUGAUUGAUUUGAAAAGUAGGAUUUCAGUUUCCAAACCAACUCAAAAGGAUUUUUUGUGAAAGUUGAUGUGAUUUUUGUUUUUAUGAAUUCAAAAGAUAGACUACUCUUACAUCCAUCUGCUGACCGGGAACCGAUGAGAUGAAUAAAAUCUCCUAAGUGAUUUACACACACUAUAAUUACGCAGGAUGAUCUGGUAACCAUGGUAACGCGUGCGUUUGGGGAUCAGAGGUGCUUGUGUCUCACUCUGUAUUUUAUCAGUUCCUCAUUUAAAAAGAGGAGAAACGGUAAAUAUCCUCCUCUAAUGAUACGACACGCCUCUUUCAUCAUCCUGUUUCUACACAUUAGGCAUUAUCUCUUUAACUCUUCUGGUUUAAGUUGCAGUCUUGACCAAGUGAUGCUUGUAGCCAUUCAUAAGCUGCAUGACUUGCAGUUAGUCACUGAUGAUGCACUGACAGUGAGUCAGCUAAACUGUCUGAUCAAUGAGUCACCUGCAGGGUGGCAAAUCCGCAUCAGAGAGUGGCUGCUUGGUUUCAGACACUAAAUAAUGAUUUACUGGGGAGUGGCUGGUGAAUUUGAACCGUUUAUCCGUCUGCUGCUGGCGUUCCCCGUCCCGGUCGCCUGUCGGUCCGUAUCAUUUAAUGUGGACAGCUGGGAAACCACCGCCCAAAGAUCCUUUUAAUUCUUUGCCGUCGAAUGAACCAAACUACUACGCAGUAAAACGUCUGAGCUGUUUCGUGAUCAAUAGAAGCUACUAAUCCUAAAAUGAUUCAAUCAGGGGUUUUGAACGACUUCUGGGAGACGUUCAGUGGGAAGAAGGAGUGAAAAUUGUUGGCAAAAUGUCACUUUUUGAUCCAGAACCGAGCAGCGUCAGGCGACAGUAACCGAUAUCAGUCGAUCCCUAGUUUACACACCUCCAGCACAGUAUUUGAAGUCUGCACAUACACAGCAGAGUGGAGCUACUCUUCCAUCCUGUGGUGUCUGUCUGUCUGUGCGUCCCCACCCACUACAUCUCAUUCAUACGCAGAGGGGGAAACAGGGAAAAAAAAUCGAAUUGCACACAGGAGACAAAACACUCUCACAGAAUCAUGAAUCAGUGAGUUUUUGUAGUGCUAGACUGUGAAACCUCGGACUUUAUCCCCCCCCCACCCAGGACGGUCCUCCUUCGCCAAGACGACGUCACCAACUUAUUACAUCCCUCACUACAGACCAAGUCCUUUUUCUUUUUGUACUAAAAGUGGAAAAUAUUAUGAUAGAAUUGACUAUAUACACACACCUUACAUGCUAAAAUACUGUAAACAUGUUUUUCCUUCCUUUAUAUUUGAGUUACUUUUUUCUACCAGAGACUGUACACCUAUUAUUAUUAUUAUUAUUAUUAUUAUUAUUAUUAUUAUUAUUAUUUUAUGCUCCUCUUUUAAAACACUAUUCAGCGCCAACAUGGAUGACUUCACAGAACAAAAUAAGCACCCUUUCAUGGAGGAAGGAAAGAUUCCCUUGAGGCUGUUGUUUAGAAGAUGACAGGAGAAAGGUUGAGGGAUUUUAUUUUUGUCUUCCAGCUGGCUCUAACAUUCGGAGAGAUGCUCGUCGGAUAAACAUCCACCCUAAAACACUAAUUCCAUUUGCAUCUUUUACGUACAAAAAGACACUUUAUGCCGUGCCGGUCGUUAUCUGUGGGUUUUUUUAUAUUGUUUCUCAUCCUCAUUGAAUGCACAUGCUGUUAUUACACAUAAAGCUUUUUAUAAACACACAUGGGCCCACUGAGCAUUAUGUCACUGAAUAUAAACCAUAAAAAAGGUCUGUUGCUGUAGGAAUUUUAGCUAAAUGGCGAUGCACCCUUUGACCUUUUGGCUCAAAAGCAGGCAGAUCACAAACAUUGCCCCCCCCCCGUUAUAACACAGUGAACACUAAUUAGGCGGCUUGCAGGGGGUUGUAAAGUGCAGUAAACGCCGAUGAGACGGAUGUAACGCUGUUCAGUCCCUCCAGGAAGUUGUGAUUUUGCACAGAAAUCUGCACGACUUUGCAAUUUCAUCUCAACUUUUCCUGCAAAUCUGACCAAUCAACGUAGCAGUGCCCAACGUUGAGCUAUAUGUCCGAAAACUACUAGCGACUAGCACAUAUUGUUGCCUAAAAACGAGGAAAAACUGAUGUGAAAUCAGGCAUUUUUAGGCUGCAACAACCUCCAAGAAAAAAGGCUGCAAAAUCCUGCAGGGAUUGACAGUUGCCGGUGACAAUAACACGUGUAUUUUAAAGGUCCAGUGUGUCGGGUUUUAGUGGCAUUUAGCGGUAGUGGUCGACCAAUACGCCGAUGUUUAGAAAGCAGGGCUGCAAACAGCCGGAAUAAAAACAAAGAAAAGUCUUGUAUAAUUCAGUUCUAUAAGAAAUUUAGGUAAAUGUUCAGGACUCAAAACCAACUUUUUCACCACCUUCCCAGAUAAAUGAAUCAGUCUAUCUCUAUCUGGCAGUAUUUGUUACUAUCUAGGAACCAACUUGGUGGCUGACAAUGAUUAUACACUAAUGAAAACAUCGUUGUUCUGCUGUUAGAUCCUGCUAAAUGUUACACACUGGGCCUUUUUACGACAUAAAAAUAUGGUCUUAUUACUCAUGUAGCUAAUUAAGAUGAACUACAAUGGAUGCUUCUGUCAGUCGCUGGGGGGGGGUAACCCUAACCCUAACCCUGCAGAGUUACAUCGUCUCUACCUCAGCCUCGAUCAAUCAGUCACUAAAUGUGUGUUUUGAUACUUUAAAAAAAUGAAUUGAACUCACAUGAAUACCUUUUUUUUGUGCUUUCCAAUACAAGUUCAACUGGGGUCAGAUGUAUAAACGAUUCAUUAAUAUCAUUAAUAGUUCACUUCGCACAGUAUUUAUAAUAUUUAUGAUAAAGACUUAAGCGGGAGGAGGUCUCGCACAUGCAUGGAAACAGCGUAUGGAUGGUUUGUGUGAUUGUGAAGCAGAAAUAGGAGAAUAAUCUAUUAUAGAUUUAAAAAAAGUCACAUUUAUAAUUCCUUUGGUGUCUUCUGAGUGCUUUAAAUGAUCCCAGCUGUGUGUCCUUAUACAAAAUACGACUAAUAUUUGGUGAAAUUGAACUAUACUGCUGCUCUUUUAAGUGCCAUGGAGCAAAAUAAAUGAGUGCAGAUGCAAAUUUCUGCAACAUUUAUCUCAAACCUGCACAGAAUGUUUAUGCAUCUGAUCCCUGUUACCCUGAAAUGUCGUCUUGAGUUUACGAUGUGUCUUUAUACAUUAUAAAAUGUUUCCCUCCAUUUGUUUUCUUAUUGAGACUCAAAUUUAAGGAAAUCUUUUUUUUUUUUUUCUGUAUGCCUUAUUAAUGCCAUAUUUUUAUUACCGUGAUUAUGUUUAUUAAGAGUCAUAUACAGCCCUGUGUAUAUAUAUAUAUUAAUAAACACAUGCAAUAUUUCUAAGCCCCCAUAUUCCACGUUUUCUUUGUUAAGGUGAAAUAUUCGAGCCCAGAAAAACUAUAAAAAUAGAGCUCAUGUGGCAGUUAAUGUUAUAUAAUAUGUCACCUACCUGUGUUCAUGCUGUAGGCGACCAAUUAACACUAAAUGGCUGCUGGUUGCAGUCCAAUAGUUAUAAAAGUGUGCUGCUGCAAAUGUGUUUUUGCUUUUAAAUAAACUAAAAUAAGACGUAGAUGAACCCAAAUGUCACAUAUUAGGACGUUUAAAUGAUCUAUUGUUUAAUUUGUAAACACAGAAACAUAAACUGAAGAUGCAAAAUGUGUUAAAUUAAAUUUAUUUCCACAUGUUUUUAAUUAAUUGGAUCAAAAUGUUGCCACAUUCCCCUUUUUUUUUAAUGGUUUCACAGACUGGACUGUCCUUUCUGUAGUGGUACCACUUCAUUUUUAAAGUUGAAUCCUGUAUGUUUGUUGUUGCCUUUAAUGCAGAGUGUUAAUCGGGUAUUUGCAUUCAGAUGCACGGCACUGAACUCGCCUUUAGAGAGAAAACACUCUCAUUUCACUGUCAGGACAUUAUUGUAAGUUAGUCAGUUAGUUGGAGAGCAAUGAAUACUUUAAAAACAAACACCACUGAUGAUCCAACAAUGUGCACCUUAUCUCCUCUACAGCUCCACAAAGAGAAACACGUCUCUUCAUGCCAAAUAACGUUCUUUUAGUUGUUGUUGUUGUUGUUUUCCUUUUGCAAUGAUCACAUAUUUUUGCUUUUGUGCCACGUCAGCCUGACUUUGAAGAGGACCAGAACAAGCAAAAGUAGGAUUUUUGUUUUAAAGAGAUUGUACGAUAUGUUAAAACAUGUUAUGAAAAUAUAUUAUUUGAAGUUAAAUUUUACUUUUUUUUUUUUGGUAGCAUGUAAUGUGUUAAUAUACCUAGUCAAUAAAAAUGUACCAAAUGGUCAGUUUGGGCUUUA